UGCAGCUUGGGAGUUGAAGAGCCGCCGAGUCAAACCCUCUCCAAAGAGUCCAUGGAGGCCCGCCUGGGCCCGAGGACCCGCUCAGCACCGCAGCGGCAGCCAGGACGCAGUCUGAGCUCCGAAUGCCGCUUCAGCUCCUGGACGCCUCUGAGCAACACGCCGGGGAACGCGCAGCUAUUUGAAGAGCGGGUGAAUCUGCUGCUUCACUGGUUUGAUCUAUGGAGUGACAGACAGAGAAAAUACCUACUGCACUGUCUGCUGACACGCUGCACACAGUCACAGCUCAAAUAUUGUAAGGAUUUGGUGAGUGAAAAGGUUCCGGUGGCUCAAGUGGACUUUACGACAGUGCUCCCACAGUUUCUGUCCAUGUAUGUGAUGUCCUUCCUGUCCCCUCGUGACCUCUGCUGUGCUGCUCAGGUCAGCUGGCACUGGAGAUUCCUGACUGAGCAGGACUGUCUGUGGGCUGACCGGUGCAUUCGCCGGGGCUGGUUCCUUCCCUACUGUCCAGUAGAGAAAGAAUUUGGAGCAUGGAAAAAUCACUACAUCUCAUGUGUCUCCAAGUUGAACUGGCUGACACCCAGGGAGGUGGCCGAGCAGUAUGGGUCCUUCCAUCAACAAAAUACAGGAAUAAAUGAAGAGGAAGAUGAGAGAAGGAAGGAGAGGAGGAUCAGACAGAUGAUCAGAGACAAACGUCAGGAGGAGAAGAGGCUAGCUGUGAGAACCAGGAGAGCCUGGGGCAGCAACAUCUGGCCAGAAGGAACCAGAGACAGACUGACCCAGACAAGGACCCCCAGUUCUGGAAUGACAGUUAACACUUAUCCCUCCCUCUCCUGGCCUGCAAGGUCACUUGUAUCUUCCAGCCUUGAUGGGCAGCCAAUGACUGCAUCUCAGAGCUUGGAGAAAGUCAGAGUGUCUGAUCCAGUCAGUGAAGGCUUGAACAAAAGCAGUGCAGCUUUGUCCUGUUUGAUGUCCAGACUUGCUUCAUCGCACACAGUCUCUCCUGUCCCAUCCAUAUUGCUGAUUUCUGACAGGAUUCCCGCUUACGAGUUGGUGCUGAGCGGUGUGAAGGCAGGAGUGGCUGUGGUUCUGUAUGAUCACAGAGAGACUCUGGCAGCUCUGCUUUCACGGGUGGAGAGGGCCGUUUCUGCCCACCGAGUGAAGAGGCUGGGCAUACUGGCUCCAGGAGGAACAGAAGAAGUUCAUCUGCUUCACAACUGUAUCAUGUCAGAGAGGAGUAUGCUGAACCCUGACCAUAGAGAAUUCUGGGAUAAACUGUGUUGCCUGCUGACGCUUGACGGAGAGGGGAUUGAUAUCUUCUCUCCCUUGGCAGCUUCUGCACCAGGACUGGCUCUGAUACAGACUGUAUCUACUCUGACUGGUCUAGAGGUUCGGACACCAAUGGGUCUUGCUACAGGAAGUUUCCAGAACAUCUUAGGUGAGUGGUCUGAUGGCACUUUGUGUCAUGGAGUCUUGAAGCAGCGGGUCAGUGAGCAGGCGGCAGACCCAGCCAUGCACUAUGUGUGUGAGAGUGUGCUGCAGGGUUGGUGCAGACAAGCUCAGUGGAUGGAGGAUGCUUUGGGACAGAUGAGGGACUUUUUGAGACCUCAGUUACAACGGCUCAGCCUUGAUACCAGGGGCCGUGCUUUGGGCUAUUUUCUGUGGGAAACAAUCUGUCUUGAGGAGCUUUGUGUGUCCAAAGAUUUAAGUGAGGCUUUGACUGCAGGACUGACCGCUCUCACAAGGGAAAAAGAGUCCAGACCUGUGGAGUUCCUGUCAGUGUUUCUGUCAAGAUGGGGUGAGAAUGAGAGUGAGGAGCAAGAGAAGACAAAUAAGGAAGCAAGCGGUGCUUCUUCGCCACCACUGAAGUCACAGGAGUGCUUCAGUGUCCUUGCUGAGCUUCCACAGACCGUUUUAGAUUGGAGAGGUGCUGUCGCCAGAGAGCUGCACCACAGCGAGUGUCUUUAUCUCAGCAGACUGGCUGCUGUGCUGAAGGUGUACCAUGAGCCCCUUACAGCAGCUCUCAACACCAAUAGAGUUAUCCUGAGCUACACUGAUAUCCACAUUAUCCUUCGCCCUGUCACACAAAUACUGGAGGUCAACAGACUGUUUCUGGUGGAGUUGCAGGCUCGACUGCAGCAGUGGGGUGCAGAACAGUGUGUAGGUGAUGUCUUUGUCAAGUUCUGCUCAAAGCUCAAAGUCUACAGCAGCUACCUGAACAACUACGCCACAGCUCUCGACACCAUCGACAAGUGCAGGGAGGGCAAACCUGCAUUUCGAGCGUUCCUGAAGCAAGUGGACAGGACUCUUGCAACACACAUGUUGAGCCUGCAGGAAUUGCUACUGAGUCCAGUGUGGAGGAUCGAGGAGUAUGUGACUUUGCUGCAGGCGCUGUCAUUACACACACACCCUGGCCACCCUGACCACACCCACCUGUGCUCCGCCCUCAGCACACUGCUGCAACACAGAGAAUUCAUAUACAAGUUAAAGCGUAACUCGGAGAGAGACAAACUUUUGGAGGAAACCCAGCAGCUGAUCCGAGGCUGUCCGAACCUCAGUGAAGGAAGUAGGCAGCUGAUUUUCACUCAGGAUGCUGCUUUGAUGAGGACCCCAGACGAAAGUAUUCCAGAGUCACUCAGGAUGUACGAGCAUGUGUCUGACGUGGGUUUGUUCCUGUUUACUGAUGUUUUGGUGUUGACGCGGCGAAGUGUCCGUCAUGUACCGUUCACGCUGGCUCAGCAGAGCACACACUCUUUCCUGGCAUCUGCGGCACUCAGUGGGCUGACUGUCAGAGAGGUCACACACUCACGCUAUUGAGCCAUGCCUUUGUCCUGGAAGUCCUUUUGUUCGUGGGUUUGUGCCACAGAAAAGAGGUGAGGAGAGAGAGUGCUUGUGUUAGUGCUGCGAUCAGCCAUACAUGCUGGCUGUUGGCGGCUCAAACUGACAACACAGACAUUAUGGACCAGAAGGUUUGAAUCCUGAUACAGUUUGUAGCAAAGUUUGGGCACCCCUGA